AUGAAAGCGACAUCCCCAGGCGGCAUGUUGCGCAGCCUCCAUCAUGCAGUGACACUUUCAUCUCAGACCGACAAAGCUGUCUCUGUCUGGAUAAAUGACGACAUUCGUCCACUGCCACCAUCCCGUCGCACUUGGUCGACCUUGACCUUUGUUGGGUGGUGGUCGGUCUGGCAGCUCAGUCUCACUAACUGGCAGCUCGGCGCCGCUCUUGUUGCAUCUUCACUUUCAGUAUGGCAGACCAUGAUAGCGGUGAUCUUGGGGAGAAUCAUUGCAGCAAUUGUCGCUGUGAUGAUAGGGUAUAUCGGAGCAGAAUGGCACAUUGGAUUCCCUGUCUACUCGAGGGUCAUCUGGGGUAUUUUUGGCGCCAUCAUCCCGACAGUGAUACGUAUUGGACUCACAAUCGUUGGCUUUGCUUUUCAGUCGUACACCGGGGGCCUUUGUGUGUCUGCCAUUCUGGCGGCCAUAUUUCCUUCCUUCAACAACAUGCGAAACACACUCCCGGAAUCCGCCCAUGUAACCACGCAACAAAUAAUCGGGUGGGCCUUGUUUAACAUUAUAUCAAUUCCAAUGCUGUAUCGUCGACCCGAAAGGAGCGAAAAGCUAAUGAUUGGCAUGAAUGUUAUAUCUUUCGCUUCGCUGCUGGGAAUCAUGAUAUGGUCUCUAUCUUACGCCAAGGGGGCUGGAGACUUGAUUCACCAAUCUUCAAACCUUCAAGGUAGCUCUGCCCUAGGGUUUGGCAUCUUACAGGGGACCACGACAGUGGUAGGGACGGUUUCCAUUGCACUGACUAGCCAAAUGGAUUUCUCCCGGUUUGCGCGAAAGCCUAGCGAUCAGGUAUUCGGCCAAUGGUUUACAUUCAUCAUAAUUGGAUCCGUAAUGCCACUCUUCGGAUGUCUCACCUCAUCUGCGACCCAGAAGAUAUACGGCGAGCCUCUGUGGAAUCCUCCCACGAUCCUGGCAAUGUGGCUGCAGAGAGAUUAUAGCUCAACGUCACGAGCAGCAGCCUUUUUCGCUGGCCUGGGACUGGUUAGCUCACAAUUAGCCUUGACUGUUGUUGAUAAUGGGUAUUCGGUCGGGAUGGAUCUCUCCGGACUCCUGCCAAAAUAUAUUAACAUCCGGCGUGGAUGUUAUGUUGGACUUAUUCUUGGGAUGGCGCUCUGUCCCUGGGAGCUGCUCGCUUCCGCAAAAACGUUUGUCAGCGUCAUUUCCUCGUUCUCAAUAUUUAUGGCCCCCCUUUGUGGAAUCCAUAUCAGUGAUUACUGGAUUGUACGGCAGCGACGCCUCAAACUCUCUGAUCUUUAUCACUCCAGGCCAGACGGGAUAUACUACUAUACCUCCGGUGUUAACUGGCGGAGCAUAAUACCUUGGUUGGUAGGAUGGGUUCCACUGCUCCCGGGAUUCAUACAUAGCAUAGAUCCUACUAUAUUGAUGCCUAUCGGAGUUGAUCGCUUGUAUGCACUCGGCUUCCCCUAUGGGCUUUUAUCAUCAAUAGCAGCCCACACGGUCAUUAAUUGGGUAUUUCCGCCGCCUGGGAUUGGAGAAAUCGAUAAAGCCGAUAUCUUUGGAACCUUCACGGCAACGGAAGCAGCCAAACUAGGAGUGAGCCCAUCAGAUGCAGAGGGUGACAGCGACGGAAAUUCUGCUCAGGAUUCUAGACUUGUGACAGAGAAAGUUUAA